UUAUGAGAGCAAUCAUCGCAAUUUGCUUAUUGUCAGCUGUAUUUGCUAUCGACACAAAUAAAUUUGCUGUGCUUCUUCAAGCUGGUACCAGAGGAAAUGAUGCAGUCGAAUCUGUUUACAAUCUCUUAAGAGACCUCAAGACAGAGAAUGUUUAAGUCUAAGCUGCUGCAGACAAAAAGAAUAACACAGAUGAAGGUAAUAAAAUAACAUUAUGUCUUCUUAGAAAUCUUUGCUUAAGUCAUUGGUGAUUUGACAAAUGUUGCUUCACUUAACAAAUAAUAAUGGGAAGCUCUUGGUGCAGUCAGAGGAGACGUUGAAGCCUAAGUCAGAGUAUGAUUAUUUAAUAAAUUCUAAAGGAUGGAUAUUAAUGGUUGGCUUGGGCUGAAUCCAGACUUGCUGAAAUUGAAAGAAGAAAUGCAUAACUCUAAGAUUAAAGAUGUUGGGCCAAUGGACUCUUUGUUAAAUCACUUGCUGAUCACGCUGAUGCCAUCGGAGUAGUCACACUCUUAGAAUAAGAUGUUGCUGGAUUUCUUACAAAUAACGCUGGAGUCGAACUCGUCGAGAAAGCCCAAACAAUCGCUGACAAAUUGUCUGCAUACAGCCACCUUUUCCAAUAAGACGCCAUCUAGAAAUUCCAAUCCCUUGCCGAAGUUAAGAGAGACGGAACCACAGGAGAAUAAGUCCUCUAAAUCUUAUAAGAUUUACAAGAUGAAUUAGAAUCAACCCUUGCCACAUUAUAAGAAUAAGAAAUUCAUGCAGCUUUCGCUCUUGCCAAAUACGUUUCAGACACAAACGCUGAAGUUGCUUGGUUGAACUCUGAACACGAAAGAAGAACCAACCUUGUUGAGAAAUUAGAAACAGUAUCAAUUCCAUCUUAUAAAUCAAGUAACUCCCAGCUGUUUUGGCCCAAUAAGCUAAAGCUCUUAAAUUAUGGAAAGAUUCCUUGAAUGCAGUUGCUGGUGCCACAGCUGAUCUUGAAGAAAAGAGAGAAUUCUAUGCUUCUGAAACAGCUAGAAGACAAGGUAUUAAUUCAAUCUUAUAUUCAUAGAGGAAAAUGCAAUCAUCGAUGUCGUUAUCCAACUUUUCAAGGAUUAAGUUAGAUCAUUAGCUUCAUAAACAUCCCUAAACAGACAUUGAUGGAUUAUUCAUAUAAGAAUUUACCUUAAUUCAUUCUAAAAUUAUAAUCUCCCUUUUAUCUAUAACCUAAGAAUUUAAUUAAAUUUGAUUCUAUAAAACUUGAUUCAUAGACGUGGUUUGAUUUCAUAUUAAAUCAAUUAAGAUUAAUUAACUUCCUAAUUGCUCAUAAUACAUAUUAAUAAAAGUAGUAAAAUUAAUUUGAGGGGACUCUAAUUAUGUUAUUUUUAAUANUUGCUAUCGACACAAAUAAAUUUGCUGUGCUUCUUCAAGCUGGUACCAGAGGAAAUGAUGCAGUCGAAUCUGUUUACAAUCUCUUAAGAGACCUCAAGACAGAGAAUGUUUAAGUCUAAGCUGCUGCAGACAAAAAGAAUAACACAGAUGAAGGUAAUAAAAUAACAUUAUGUCUUCUUAGAAAUCUUUGCUUAAGUCAUUGGUGAUUUGACAAAUGUUGCUUCACUUAACAAAUAAUAAUGGGAAGCUCUUGGUGCAGUCAGAGGAGACGUUGAAGCCUAAGUCAGAGUAUGAUUAUUUAAUAAAUUCUAAAGGAUGGAUAUUAAUGGUUGGCUUGGGCUGAAUCCAGACUUGCUGAAAUUGAAAGAAGAAAUGCAUAACUCUAAGAUUAAAGAUGUUGGGCCAAUGGACUCUUUGUUAAAUCACUUGCUGAUCACGCUGAUGCCAUCGGAGUAGUCACACUCUUAGAAUAAGAUGUUGCUGGAUUUCUUACAAAUAACGCUGGAGUCGAACUCGUCGAGAAAGCCCAAACAAUCGCUGACAAAUUGUCUGCAUACAGCCACCUUUUCCAAUAAGACGCCAUCUAGAAAUUCCAAUCCCUUGCCGAAGUUAAGAGAGACGGAACCACAGGAGAAUAAGUCCUCUAAAUCUUAUAAGAUUUACAAGAUGAAUUAGAAUCAACCCUUGCCACAUUAUAAGAAUAAGAAAUUCAUGCAGCUUUCGCUCUUGCCAAAUACGUUUCAGACACAAACGCUGAAGUUGCUUGGUUGAACUCUGAACACGAAAGAAGAACCAACCUUGUUGAGAAAUUAGAAACAGUAUCAAUUCCAUCUUAUAAAUCAAGUAACUCCCAGCUGUUUUGGCCCAAUAAGCUAAAGCUCUUAAAUUAUGGAAAGAUUCCUUGAAUGCAGUUGCUGGUGCCACAGCUGAUCUUGAAGAAAAGAGAGAAUUCUAUGCUUCUGAAACAGCUAGAAGACAAGGUAUUAAUUCAAUCUUAUAUUCAUAGAGGAAAAUGCAAUCAUCGAUGUCGUUAUCCAACUUUUCAAGGAUUAAGUUAGAUCAUUAGCUUCAUAAACAUCCCUAAACAGACAUUGAUGGAUUAUUCAUAUAAG